CGGUGUUACGUCAUCAAUGCGCGACAGACUGCAACACGUUGCCUCGGCGUUUUCAUAAGCGCAUGCGGACAAGUGAGCAGUUCGACGCGAAGCUGCCAUUGUAGCAGACAGCAAGAGUCUGCUGCGUUGCUUUGAACUAGAAGAUAGAAGGUCUUCUGGUCCUCCACUCGUCAGUUGUGCAUCAACCGCCCAUUGCUCAUGAGUUUUGUGGAGUAUUCAGAGUUGAUCCAGGAAGGCGAUGUGGCCAUCAUCUUCCUGGGCCAUGACUCUAUGUUCCCACUCAUGGUGCAGUCGGGGGCACAAACCCAAACACGCUAUGGGGUGAUCCGCCAUUCUACGGACCUGAUUGGUCGACGCUAUGGGUCAAAAGUCACAUGCAGCAAGGGUGGCUGGGUGUAUGUGCUGCACCCCACCCCAGAGCUGUGGACCCUCAAUCUUCCACAUCGUACACAGAUCCUCUAUGCCACUGACAUCGCCAACAUCACCAUGAUGCUGGAGCUGAAACCAGGCUCUGUGGUCUGUGAGUCAGGCACGGGCAGCGGCUCGCUCUCGCAUGCCAUGCUGCGGACCAUCGCGCCCACGGGACACCUGUACACUGUGGAGUUUCACCAACAGCGUGCCGAAAAGGCCACCGAGGAGUUCCGAGAACACAAGGUGGAUCACCUGGUCACCGUGCUCAACCAGGACGUCUGCAAGGAUGGCUUUGGGGUGACUGGUGUGGCUGAUGCUGUUUUCCUGGACAUCCCUUCCCCGUGGGAAGCUGUGGGCCAUGCUAAGAGUGCCAUGAAGAGGCAAGGGGGUCGAUUGUGCUCCUUCUCUCCGUGCAUCGAGCAGGUCCAGAGGACGUGUGCGGCGCUAGCGGAGCACGGCUUCGGGGAAAUCUGCACCCUGGAGGUCCUGCUGCGACUCUACGACGUGCGCGCCGUCAGUCUGCCGCUGCCCGACUUUGGGCCCGAUGACCCUUCCCGGACCGACCCUGGCGUUCCGGAUCGUGCGGGUCCUUCGGUUCCUACCAAUACGGCAGUCACCUGCAGGACAGCCAUCGCCCCCAGAGAAAUGGCUGGCCACACUGGAUACCUGACAUUCGCGUCCAAGAGCCUGGUGUAGGGCUUGACCUCGGGAGAACGGGACAUCCUCACUAAGGCUGGGAGCACGUUGUUCUAACUUCUGCGACACAUCUGAUGUGCUCUGGCGCUCAGUAUCCCCAGUAUAUCUGCAGGAGGUCAGAAACCGCUGUAGGCGUCUGCUUAGAAAACGACGCAAGGUGAUGAUGGCUUACGUACGCUCUUAGACACGGCCGUACGCUCGAGUUGAGGUGAAUGCUGUAAAUAGUCGCCGCGUGCUGGAGUACUGUGGUUUACAAACUAAGCGUGACAUGCCCAGAAGCUGCGAAGCGAGGAGUGUGCAGGCAUUUAAAGAUAGAGGGACUUAAUCAUAUACUCUCAUAAUGUCGGAGAUGUGCAGCUCUAAUGAUCUGUCUUAGUGUCUUGUUUUGAGGACACGCCAUACGGUCCCUUACGUAACCCGAUUUAACCUUUUUUUUUUUUUUACUAGUUUGAAACCAUUUGUUUUUUGAGGAUUGAUUUAGAAACUUCUUUUGUAUUCGCGUUUAUUGCGUUUGGCACAAGUGAAUGCAGUAAAAGUACCCAAAGCACGUUGA